AUGGCAUCGAAAAUGACCGAAAACUCGUCGAGUCAAGCGGAAAAAUCGGAUAGCCGCCCAGCUCUGAAAGAAAAGGCUACGAAUUUGCCGCUGAACACAGCAAAACCCAACCCUAAAGAUACCAACCAGUCAACCAGCUUCUCUCAACAGCCCAGGACUACCACGGAGGACACAAUGCUGGAGCAAGCGGAACUGCCAGAUCUUUUAAACACUGACAACGAACAACGCGUAAAGAUAGAGGAAGUCACUACUUUAAGCCUGAAAUCGCACCCCAUACCAUCUGAAGCCAAAAAAAUGGCAAAUUCAGCAAGUCCCAACGAGUCUCCCACGGUGAAGAGGGCUAAAACAAAUCUAGGCUGUAAAGAAGUUGUCAUGAGUUGCAGCUCGAGCUUCUUGCCGCCAAUCACUGCCGUUAGAAAUGAUACACCGAGUAGCUCCGACUCCAAGAAUGAGAAAGACAUGCAAGAACUGCGGCACGACGAUUCACCUUCGAAGCCAGAUGCGUACCAGCCACUUUCAUUAAGGCUUUAUGACUCUGACCGGGCAAUUGAAAGUCAGGCUUAUUACGAGGGAGUUUUCCGCGAAGUUAAAGAUGAAAGUGAAAGGGCCGAAUGCAUUGAGUUUGCGAAAAUGGACCUACGUGCCUGGACCGCCAGUGGUGAUCGGCUACAGCAGGAGCAACGCGACGUCUUGGCCAGGCUGGUGGAAGCCCGCAUGCUUCUGAGCGCAAAGUUUGAAGUAAUAACCGACCUUGUCAAUGAACGUGCCUUAGCGCUUAAUGAGCAAGGCUUACUGCUAGACAGAAAGCUCAAAAAAAUUCAAGAUUUAGGGAAGGAGAUCCUAGACAUAAUAUGA